AUGUCAUCAUUAAAAGUAAAGAAUCUUCUUCCAAAUAGGGAGAAGAGAGAAAGACCACAACCAAGAUCAGUUACAAAUGGAUUUCUAGAGAGAAAGAAAGAUUACAAGUUACGUGCAGAUGACUUUAAUAAAAAGAGAGAUCAACUUAAAAAGUUGAAACUUAAAGCUGCUUUAAAGAAUCCAGAGGAAUUUAGAUUUAAUAUGAUAAAUUCUAAAGUUAUAAAAGGAGUACAUCAUACAAUAAGUAAAAGUGAAUUGGAUCAAAGUGAUUUAGCAGAUAUCAAACAACAAGAUCAAUUGUAUUUACAGAGUAAGAGAAUAUCGGAGGAGAAAAAGAUAGCGCGUUUGCAAUCUACUUUGCAAUAUAUAGAUGCAGGUGUAGCACCAUCCGAUCAAGUUAUAUUUUUAGACAACGAGAAUGAAGUUAAGAAUUUCAAUGCUGUAGAAUAUUUCGAAACGAUACCAGAGGCAUUCUCUAAUAAUUCCUCCACCAUUCCAAAGCUGUCAAAACUGAAAGAAGGUUCACUCGUGCUCAAUCCUCGUACUGCACCAUCUGCUGCCGAAAUCGAGGCAAUGACCACCACCUCUUACAAAGAAUUGGAAGCAAGAAAGAUUCGUCAUGCAGAACUCUAUAAAGCUGAAAGACAACUCGAACAUCAAAAACAAUCAAUUAAAAAUAAAGGUGAAAAACCAAUUAAAGUUAAAGUUGGUGGUAAAAAAGAAACAUGGAAACUCAAGAGAAAGAAAUAA